AUGGGAAGGUUUCCCUGGCCCAACCCGGAGUACCACGUGGCCUUUGUGGAGUGUGGCUUCUGUGAGGGAGAGGAGCGCAGGCGCAGCCACGCAAAUCCUCGGGAGGCAGAUGUGCUGCUGGAAGUGCUGUCUUGGUGCCUCAGCGCGGGCAUGAAGCCAUGCCAGAUUGGCGUGAUCACCGGCUACUCUGCGCAGCAGGAGAUGCUGCAGCAGCGUGUGGCGCAGCUGGCCAAGCGCCUGGUCUUCGACCCCGCGGAGCUGAGGGUGGACACAGUGGACGGAUUCCAGGGCGCCGAGCGGGACCUGAUCUUGGCGUCCACGGUGCGAUCUUUCUCGCGCGUGGGCUUCAUGCGCGACCCGCGGCGCGCCAACGUGAUGCUUACACGUGCCCGGCGCGGGCUGGUGGUCUUCGGCAACGGCGAGACCUUGCAGACGGAGGAAGACACCUGGAAGCCUUGGAUCAGUUGGGUGCGCGAGAGGGGCAUCGAGUUGAAGGCUGAAGUCAUCUUGCCGGUGGAAGCAGGCAAUGACCCGGGCGAGCCGUUCACAACCCCGGACUUGCAGUCUGAGGCCUUGCGAAGGCUGAGUCCUCCAAAGCUUGGUGAGUUUGUGGUCCCCUUGGUCUAG